GGGUGGUAUGGAGGACAUAAAUCUAAGCAUGAAGUAGGCUUGUGGUAAGGAGCAAGAGGAAUUUCAUCCGUACGCUCUUGGGGUGCGACAUGGCAUCAUGUGGGGAGGCGAUGAGUAACCACAAUGGAGACGAGCAUGGAAGCGAGGUAGUGCUGACGGAUGCUUCUCAGCAGCAUGCAGAAGAAGCCCAUGCAUCACAGCUGCAUGAAGCGGGCAAGCUGCUGACCGAUAAGGAGCAUCAUCAACCCCUGAGCAAUCAAGUGUCAGAUUCCACAGGUCAGGGAAAGCAAUCAAAUAGGAAUUUGCAGGGUCCAGAUGAUCCGGUUGCCCCAGAGCAAGGUACCCUGGAUGGGGGCAGAGAGAGCACGCAGGCUGUGUGGCAGAAUACGCUGCAGCAGAUCAGGAUUCGGAACAGCAGCAGCAGCAGCAGCUUGGCCAUGGGGCUAGGAGGGUUGAAUUGGUGGUUUCCCAGCAACACUCCUUGGAAGACCAGAGUCAACCUGUGUCUGCCUCCUUGCCUUCUCUUUCUCUUCACGCUCAGCUUCCUUCAGCUCACUCCUUCACCCCCACCUCCUGCUCCUCCUGUUGGGUAUAUUUCCCAGUUGCAGCUGCAGCAGAAGCACCAGUGUGACCCACAAGGUUUCCCUGAGCAAUCCCAAUCUCAGCCGUCGAGGAUGCUUAGCACAGCUUCACCGUCGAGUGCUGGCUCAUCUGUUGUCUCUUCUAUGGCAUCAGCAGUGGUGCCGCCAAGCUCGCUAAAGAAGCCACGGCUUUCUUCUCUCUUGGAAGGGGAAUCGAUUCGAGGAGCAAGUGCCCCAGGGAGCUCAGGGACGGCAUCGAUGCAGGCUGGUUAUUUGCAAGGAUUUCCGGCAACAACUUCAGGGCUAGUAACCCUGAGCCAGUCACCUAUGCCAGGCAAUAGCUCAUCUGCUGCAGCUUCUGUUCCUCUCACAUCUAUCCAAGGUCAGAGCAGAAUCCCUGAUCCAAGUCGUCACGAGGGAUUACUUAUGGACCCAACGCCCAAAGGAGAGGGUCAUUCGGAAUCGAGUUCAUGGAGGCCCGUCUCAGCGCCCUUGGCGAUGUCCACAGGGGCCAGCCCAACGGUACAGCAAUCUUUCAAUACUUCUGCACGGGUGACUGGUGCUGUAGUGCCUUCUGCACCAACAGGGAUGUCUGCUGCCGCCUCUAUUCCACUCUCAGGUGUGGAGACCAACCCUGCAAUGAAGGGGACCUCAACUAGAAGACCUUUAACAUCUAUCAGCACAGUUCCAAGCCUGCAUAUACACCCCCAGCAGCAGCAGUCGGCUCCUUUAGGUCGACAGGAGUCAGGUCAAGAGCAGCCAGAUCAACAACCCAAGGAUACCACAUCAGUACAAGAUCAGUGCCUCAAAGUUUUGCCGUCCAAUCAGCCUUCUCCUCUUUCUCAGCAUACAGCUGCUCACUUGCCUGUGCAGCAGCAGCAGCCUCUGGCAUCACAGCAGCCUGUUCCUCCUUCACUGCAGGCGCAAAGCAAGCCCUCUCAGGAAUUCGCUGCAGUGAAACAGCUGGUGAAGGAUCUCAGCGAGCAUCUGAAGCAGGAUGGAAGUGACAGAUCACAUGCUGCAUAUGUGCAUGGUGUACAAGCUGUUGCUUCAGUCUCAGGUGGUCCAUCAGCGGGGGUCUCCACUAUGCCGCAGAUGCAAUGUCUGAAGAGAGGUCAGGUACAAGGGCCUGCUGUAGCAAAACAACAGCAGGUCCAUCAGCAGGCACAGACUAUGGGCAACGCCUCCACAGAGGCAGCAGCCGCAGAAGCAGCCAGUCUGCAACUGAAGUCGAAGCAGUUAUCCUUCCAUCAGCAACCCAUGCUUAGUCAGCUGCGGCAACAGGGGACACCAAGCCAGAUUCCGGGCGAAGCAACGACUGGUGAAAAUGCACCGAUGCGACCAUUCCCAGGGCAUCAACCAGGUGGAAUCGGAUCCGUUCAACCUCAGCCACAGCUCACAACAUCAGCACUUGGUAAUCAGCUGCUAUCAGUGAUUCUUGCAACCCACCGGCAGGAUGCAGCAAGUGUGCAAACACAGCAGCAGCUGCUGCAACAGCGCAGUGUCAAGCAGCAGGCUGGAUUAGGGCAGUCGAAAAAAAUAUUUCAAAUCGAACAGCAACAGCCGCAACAACAAGCGGUAGGGAAGGCUGAUCAGCAACUGACGGCUGGUCUGAAAGUGCAUGGUUUUCCAAGUCAGGGACAGGACAAACCGUCCGAGCAGCCACAGGUAGAAAAGGCAGGAGAAGUCCCGAAGCCUGAUCAGGCCAACCUGCAUCCUCAAGCCCAAGUCACACCGCGCCCGAUAUCUUUUUAUCCUGCUGAUGGUUUCCAAGGACUAUCAGAAACCAUGAGGGAUCCACAACAAAGUGAGGUAGCGGCAGGCCAACGCCAACCUCAACAUGGAGUGAGUCAGCAGCAGGGAAAGGGCCUCAAUGUCUCAGUAUCUCAACAAGCAAGACCUGUUCUGGCGAUGUCAUUCUCGAGAUUUAUGUCAGGAGGAGGAGGAUCUCAGCAACAACACAAGCAGCACCAACAACAUUUGUUGCCCGUGGCCCACCCAUCUCAUGCUUCGCACCAGAAAAAUCCACGAGGCGGUUCUCAAGGUGGUGUAGGUGGUGCUGGGCUGCAUGGCAGAACACAAGCUGGAGGCCAGGGUGUUGCGGCAACACCCCAGAGCGAUGAUGCAAGCCAGGCAGAGAUCCUAGGCAAGAGGAGCAUUCAAGAACUGCUUGCACAGAUUGAACCUUGUGAGAGGUUGGACCUGGAUGUGGAGGAUGUCCUCCUUGAGAUUGCGGAUGACUUCAUUGAAACAACAACAACUUUUGCAUGCGCUUUAGCACGCCAUCGAAAGUCAACAAUGCUAGAGGCAAAGGACAUUUUUCUACACUUGGAGCGAAACUGGCACAUUGUUAUUCCUGGGUUUGCUGGGGAGGAAUACCGACCUUAUCGUCGGGCACCUGUCAGUGAGGCACACAAACACCGGCUGUCGCUUGUGAGAAAGUCACAGAGCAUGCACACCCACCAUGAUGGAACCACGGGAGCCAAAGUUCUGGGUUCCUUGGGCGCUACCGGGGGGGGCGGUGGGGGCGCAGCUGGGGCUACUCCCUCCUUGGUUCCAUCUCUAGGAGGAGGAGGAAGAGCCGGUGGCCCCAGUGCGGGCGCUUCUCCUCCUGGAAAAUCUUUCCAGGGCGGGAUGGGCACUGGGCACACCUCUUGAGGAGCAGUUACCAAGUCUCUGUCGCCAGCUGCAAAGGUGGCUCGCUUAUCUUGAGAACAUCGUACAUGUAGAACAGGAGAGAGAGAGAGAGAGAGAGAGAGAGAGAGAGAGAGAGAGAGAGAGAGAGAGAGAGAGAGAGAGAGAGAGAGAGAGAGAGAGAGAGUUAGAGAGUUUCGGAUAUUGCAGAAUCUCUACACUCGUAGUACAGCGUACCUUAUCCGGUGUGCAAUCCAUGCGUUUUAGAACUCGAUGCAAGCAAGCACCAUAGAGGGGGGAAAUAAGGCUCCAUGAGAAAGUCUGAGGAGGUACAAAUAUCUUCAUUGUCCACUACCGUCUUCACCCGAAUAGAACACCCGGUCAUUAUCGCUGUAUCUGAAUUGAAAGUUGCCCCAAAUACACAGACUUAAUGACCGGGCAUUCUAUUCAGGUGAAGACGGUAGGAGGGAAGGAAAUCUGAGCGAGUCUCUGUUUAAUCAAGCAUUGGCCACAGA